UACAGAGAAUCAUAAUUAAAAAUAAUUAAUACUACGGAGUAAUAAGAAAUACUAGUACAAGUAUAGAUAAAUGGAUAGGGAGAGGGGACAGAAGAAUUUUAAUUUUAAUAGAAAUUAAGGAAGAUAAAAGGGACAAUGUGUCACGAAAAGCAGCGGGUUUUCCGGUAGGAAAGGACGAAAGGCGCAGAAAGCUGUUUUGUUUGACACGUGGCGGGAUGUGGAACGUAGGAUGGGGAUGGGAAUUAGUAUGGGCCGUGGAGAUGAGAUGAAUGACAUCCAUUCCAUUAGAAUUUUGUUUUGAUAAAAAAGAGAGAGAGAGAGUAGUAACUACUCCUUACUGCGUUUUGUGAUAGUGCUAAGUUGCUAACUUAACCACACCACAGGCCACAGACACAAAAGGCCAAGUGGUCAGAACCAAAAAAAAGCUCUCUCAUAAAUUCUGCCGAAGAAUCAGAGAGAGAAGGAAAAAGAAAAAUGGGAUGGGAAACUUAAAUUAGAGAGGCAGCACAGCACAGCAGAGAAGGUCAUGGCGGCGUUUGCAGGGCUGUAAAUCGCGCUUUUGUGAUCGUGGCUUUUAUUAAUGCACCUUGGCGCCGCUGGCCGAGAGAGAAUGAGUUGAAGGCGCUAUUAACGCUGCCCCGACACUGUUUCCUCGUCUGUCCUCAACUAACAAUCCUUCAAAUCAAUUUCACGCUUUAACCAGCCACCACACGACACCUACUUCUACAAGUUAAGCAUAGAAAGAGAGAGAGGAAAAAGAAAAAGAAAAAGAAGAGAGACAACACACGCACACACAAAAACCAAAGAAUUUAUUUAAGACCCAAAAAAAAAAAAGAAAAACUAUCCCUAGUUGAUCUUUUGUGUGGUUCUCUCUCUCCCAAAUUGUAGACGCAGGGAAAUUAAUUGAAGCAGAAGCAGCUGUCGUGGAUUGGAUUAUUUUAGAAAUUAAUUAUUUCUAUUUAUUUAGAAUUGCGUAAGUUUAUGGUUAGUGGGGUUGUUUGGUUGGCUGGCUGGCGAUCGAGGUAGUAUUGUUCUUGAUAUGGAUUUUCGAAGGUCGGGAUCAGUAGAAGAGGAGGCAGAAGAAUGGCGGGUUUAUUCUCACUAGGAGGUAGUAGAGGUAACACCAAUCCCCAAGAGGAAAUCCCUCCUCCGGAUACCUUAUUCUGGUGUAACAAGAAUGAUGACGUUUCCUCUUACCACCGAGGUAGUAGCGGCUUUGAGCUAUGGAACCAGCAACAGCUUCAACAUCAGCAACAACAGCUCAUGGGCCAUGACCCUCCUCCGCAGCCGCGCCCUCUCUUUCACCAAGAUCUCUACUCCGCGUUGGGCGUUGGGCCCAGCAGGCCCAUCUCUGACGAUCAGUCGUCUUCGAGAUCCAGUUUCCUUCUUGGAGCAAGCGGUGGCGGUAGCGCAGGAGGAGGGAUUAGCUGUCAGGACUGCGGGAACCAAGCUAAGAAAGACUGCCCUCACAUGCGGUGCAGAACUUGCUGCAAGAGCCGCGGCUUCGAUUGCCAAACCCAUGUCAAGAGCACUUGGGUCCCCGCUUCACGUCGUCGCGAACGACUACAACAACUUUCUGCGUUGCAACAACACCAACAACAACAACAAACCCUCGAACCUGCUUCUUCUGCUGGAGGAGACCUUCCCAAAAGGCACAGAGCGAGAGAUCAUCAUCAUUCUCCUCUCGCCUGCACUCGCUUCCCUUCUAACCCCUCCUCCUCAGGGUUAGAGGAGGUGAAUUUCCCGGCUGUGGUGAGGUCUGCUGCGGAGUUCAGAUGCGUACGUGUGAGUUCCAUGGACGAGGAGGCGGAGGAGGAGUACGCAUACUCAACGGCUGUGAACAUUGCAGGACAUGUGUUCAAAGGAAUUUUAUAUGACUAUGGUCCAGAAGGUAUGAACACUAAUUACAUGGAUGCUGUUGCUGCUGCUGGGGAAAGCUCUUCCACCGGUGUUGGUGCCUUGAACCUAACCACUGGUGCCAUUGUUUCGGAGCCACUCGGAGUUGAUCCUUCUUCCUUGUAUCCGGCUCCUCUUAACUCCUUCAUGCCUGGUAGCGGUACGCAAUUCUUCCCUCACCCACGAUCUUGAUCAACAAACAAACGCCAAACGAAAAACCAAACAAACAGAAUUUUCAUUUUCAUUUUGUUUUAUUUACUGCAAUCCUCCUCUUCCCUUUAUCUUAUUACUGGCUAUUCCCUCCUCCCCUCGAUCACCAACUUUGCCUUUCCACUAUUUUAUGAUCAUCAUGUAGUCGUAACUUUCAUGAUACUCAUUCAAGUAGGAGAAAAUGAAAAGAAAAAAAAAAAAGAAUGAAGAAAAAGAGGACAAGAGAAAAUGCAAACGUGCCGUGUUUUUUUUUUUUUUAUGCAAAUGCAAAUUAUCAAUGCUUAAUUAGUUCGAAAAGUAUCUUACUUGUCUUUUUUUCUUGGUAAUUAAGGAUAUAUAAUUAGUUACCUAGGUAAUGCUAUUUAAUUUGUUUCUUUCUCUGUACAAUAUUAAUGGACAUCUGGUUCUAAUA